GUCAGCUCGGUCAUUAUUACUGUCAGUAAGCAGUUGCUGGGAAUCUUCAUUUAUAUUUUUAAGCAAGAUGGUCAAGCCAGCUUAAUUAUUUGACAAAAUCCCAUACAGGAAUUGGCUCGAGACUCAAAGGAGAAAAGUGAUGGCAAAUUUUCAGACUUUACUUUUGCUCAAGAUUUAAUUUUGCCUCUGCUUAGUUGCUUUACAGGCAUUCUUGUGAUGUUACACAAUAGAGGGGGAGAAUAAGGAGCUGUGACUGUGUGGUUUGUGUCUCAAACCCCGUGCUAGAGAGGGAGAGAACGAAUAAGCAAGCUGGUCUGACCAGAAACAGAACUGCCUAGGACAGAUUAAGAGACAAGCAAGGCUUGGAAUCCGAGAGCAAGCAGAGUGGAAAUUUACUGCGGCUCUGUGAGUGUUCAAGUGAUCGUUUUCUGCUAACGUUUUCCCGUGGUAACUGUUACUCUUCAGAGAGUCAGAAAGUCUUUCUCCAGCACACUUGAGUAAGAGGAGGCAUCCUUUAUUAAAUGGAAGAGAAAGGCUUCUUCAUCUAAAGUGCUUUGAACCCGAGAAAAGAGCUGUCUUCAGCACCUCACCAUGGGUCGACUUGUUGUUGCUUAGACAAGCUGGGGAGUUUCUGUAGCCCUUGGAUUCCAUAUUGGAAGAAGUGAUUCUUAGACAUGAAAAAAAUGCCUUUGUUUAGUAAAUCACACAAAAAUCCAGCAGAAAUUGUGAAAAUCCUGAAAGACAACCUGGCCAUUUUGGAAAAGCAAGACAAAAAGACAGACAAGGCUUCAGAAGAAGUGUCGAAGUCUCUGCAAGCAAUGAAGGAGAUUCUGUGUGGCACGAAUGACAAGGAGCCCCCUACAGAAGCAGUGGCUCAGCUGGCACAGGAGCUCUACAGCAGCGGACUGCUGGUGACGCUGGUAGCCGACCUGCAGCUGAUAGACUUUGAGGGGAAAAAAGAUGUGACCCAGAUAUUCAACAACAUCCUGAGAAGACAGAUCGGUGCACGGAGCCCUACUGUGGAGUACAUCAGUUCUCACCCUCACAUCCUGUUUCUGCUCCUCAAAGGAUAUGAAGCCCCACAGAUUGCCUUACGCUGUGGGAUUAUGCUAAGAGAAUGUAUUCGACAUGAACCACUUGCCAAAAUCAUCCUCUUUUCUAAUCAGUUCAGAGAUUUCUUCAAGUAUGUGGAGCUGUCGACAUUUGAUAUCGCUUCAGAUGCCUUUGCUACUUUUAAGGAUUUGUUAACCAGACAUAAAGUGUUGGUAGCGGACUUCUUAGAGCAAAAUUAUGACACUAUCUUUGAAGACUAUGAGAAACUGCUGCAGUCGGAGAAUUACGUGACAAAGAGACAAUCUUUAAAGCUGCUAGGUGAGCUGAUCCUGGACCGCCACAACUUUGCCAUUAUGACCAAAUACAUCAGCAAGCCAGAGAACCUGAAACUGAUGAUGAACCUGCUUCGAGACAAAAGCCCUAACAUCCAGUUCGAAGCCUUCCAUGUCUUUAAGGUGUUUGUGGCCAGUCCUCACAAAACACAGCCUAUCGUGGAGAUUCUGUUGAAAAAUCAGCCCAAACUCAUCGAAUUUCUGAGCAGCUUCCAGAAAGAAAGGACAGAUGAUGAGCAGUUCGCUGACGAGAAGAACUACCUGAUUAAACAGAUUCGAGACUUGAAGAAAGCAGCCCCGUGAAGACGGGCCCUGCCCUGACAGCGUUUGUCUCCUUGCCCAGAGUGUACAGUGCCGUUUCAACAGUCUCCAUUCUUGGGGGACUUUGGAGCUGUCUGUUUUCUCCAUUGAUUGUUCAGAGUAGAUGAAAUAUAAACAGUUGAAUGGAAAAAAAUCAACCUAGAAUAAUAUAUUCAUUGUAAUCAAGUCUGUGAUUGCUUGUGUGGAAUCAGCCAUUAUAUUAAACAUUGAUAAAAGCAAGUGUAACUCCAGAGCUGGACACUGGGUGUCCAGCAGGUAGAAGGAGCGCAAGUGUCUUGGGACAGAAUGGGUAGGGAAGCCCAUCUGUAUGUGUUCAUUUAGACAGGCGUUUUCAGCCACUACAGAGACAGGAGAUGGCUGCAGGAGAGUGUGUGUGUGUGUGUGUGUGUGUGUGUGUGUGUGUGUGUGUGUGUGUGCGCGCGCUGUCUCCUGGCUGCAGUAAGUGGCUCCUGUCUUCCAGAGGAAUAGUGCUCACUUCUGCUUACUGUCCCUCACUGUGUCCCUAGCCUGAUCAAGGGCCAUGCCCAUUCCAGCUGUAGAUGGCUAGCCUGGCAGCAGCUGCGAACCAGGUGAGAUCAACAAGGGCCACAGAGGUGGAGAACACCCAUGGGGUGUGGCUUCAGAAGGGAACUGCCAACAGGUAGCUGUAGUCACCUCUGUUGUGUGUGUCCAUCGGGAGGGUCAGCGAGUGUAGGGAAUUUCGUUAGUGUCUGUCGUCUCGGGAAGAAUGCUUGUGGUGACUGUUUGGAGAGGUCACAGUGAGAAGGAGCCACAGAGCUAGAGGGAGAAGUGAUUCAUGCAUAAAACAAUUCUCAAAUGACCAAAGGGUCUCUCUCUCUUGUCCGGUAUAAACUGUCAUUCUGUAACUGCCCAUCAGUGUCUUCAGUGAGAAGCUAGAAAGUCUAAAAAUGUUGCUCCCGGAUACCCUCUUGUGUGCUAAAAUAACUUAGGUGUUCAUUUGUGUCCCAUUAAUGGGCACAGAGAGAAGAA